AUGCCCAGAGACGACUUGUCCAUCGACUUUGUCAAGAGAAUGCCCCAAGCAGAGCCUCUCGACCCGGGCUUGAUUCUCGAUGACUGGAUCAACCGCGUGCAGAACCUCCCCGAGGAGAUUCGCUUCGUCCAGGACGAAAUAGCAGACAAGGACCGCCAGUACAACGAGUGCAUUCGCGUCAUCGAGGAUCGCGACGGCAAGAUUCAAAAGUGGAUCAAGUCCAACGGCAGUCUCGAGCCCAACCCUAAGGAGGACCUUUUGCGCGCCCAGAUCCGCGACAGCUACUCUCGCGCCGACAAGCUCGCCCAGGACAAGAUACUCCUCGCCCAGAGGCUGCAGGCCAUCAUGGACAAGCACCUGCGCAGUCUCGACUUGCAGAUCAAGCUCCUCUAUGACCGCGCAGAACCCGGCUUCACUGAUCCCGAUGAAGUGCCCUCACUUUUGCGUUCCAGCGCCGCCAACCACACCGCCCCCUCGCUCCGCUCAGUCAACCCUUCCUCGACCAACAUCACCGCCGCCGGCCCGACUCCCUCGCCCAUGAACCCAGCUCCCGCCUCCUCCACACCAGCCAUCACGCGUCUGCCCGCUCAUCCCCAGAUUCGACACACCCAGGCCCAGCAGAGUCAUCCACAGCACGCGGCCUCUGCCCCGGCGACACCAGCAGCAAGCAUCAUACUCAACAGACAACGCGAGAGCUCGGCCGGCCCGAUAACGAAGCGUGGACCGCGAUCCAACAUAGGCCUGGCAAACGCGUCUGCAGCAUCGAGCGGACUGGCAAGACACUCGUCGCUUGGCCCCGGAACCCCUAAGAAUGGGCCCGGCACCAGCGGAAGUGGCACGUUGAGGGCCGGUAGUGCAGGGCCCCGCGCUGGUUCUGUCAAGGCCGGGUCUGGGGCCGGCAGUCGACGUGGCACACCAACCGGAGCAGCGCGGAAGAAAAUAGCAAACAAAUCGUCGCUCUCGCGAGUGAGAAAGGCGUCGGCCAGAAACUCCCCGGCAUCCCCGGCAGAUAGCGACCUGUCGGAGGCGGGGAGUGUCAGCGGCGAGGACGAGGACGGCGUUGACGCUCGUUCAAGGGGGACGCCGGCGGUCGAUGGAAAAGAUGCCGAUGGCGACGAAGCUGUUGGAGACGCCGAAGACGAGGAGGAGGAGGGAGGCGAUGACAAAAAGUACUGCCUGUGUCAUAACGUGAGCUAUGGCGACAUGGUGGCCUGUGACAACGACAACUGCCCCUAUGAGUGGUUUCAUUGGUCGUGUGUCGGGCUCAAGAGUGAACCAACCGGGACUUGGUACUGCCCGGUUUGCACGGAGAAAUUCCAGAAGAAGAGCAAGUGA